AUGCCUAUCCUGUCGCGUCGAAAGAAAACGACCGAUCGGCCACUCCAUGCUAAAACCGCACAACACGGCGGUCCCGACAACGUGAUCGUCGAAGUUGGUCCGGAAGGCCUCAAGUACCACGUGCAGGCGGCUUUCCUCACACACUAUUCCGAAUAUUUCUCGAAAGCUCUGAAUGGACCCUGGAAGGAGGCCGAAGACAAAGUGGUGCGGCUGGUCGACAUUGACCCUGACGUUUUCAGUCUCUUCAUUGAAUGGCUGUAUACCCAGAACAUGCCUAGUGACGAAGUACUCUGGGCGAACAAGUUUGAUCCAGACGACAACAUGUGGAAGAUCCAGCUGUACGUGUUUGCCGACAGGUUCGCUGUUCUUUCUUUGCGAACAAGCUUGAACCGGAAGAUAUCCCUUGAGGAUUUCUGGACCCAUGCAGCGAUUAUCUACGCCUUCGACAACCUACCACCCACAGACCCAAUCCUGGACCUUUUUGUGGAUCUACACUAUGCGACAUGGACAUCUCCGAAGAGAGUUCAAAUGGAUCCGGUCACGAUGCACAACUUACCCAAGGAUUUCCUAAUACGUUUCUACCAGAGGGUGGGCUACGAGUGCAAGAGAGGCACUAUCCCUACGAAGAACUUCGAGCUCGACAGAUGUAGCUAUCACGGCCAUGUGGACGAUAAAGAGAAGGCUUCUUGCUGGUAUCGCCACAUGUCACGGACCAAGAAGCGUGUGAUGUCUCGCCUGGACAGGGUCAAAGUUGACACUGAUGAUGAUGACGACGGAUGA